UCUUGGUUACAUGUGAAGUAAUUUGGCGCCAACUUUAAGAGGUUCCGACAAAGUCAGCUGUGUUUCUCCAACAACAUAAUCUCGCGGGCUUUUUCUCUGAAAAAUGAGGCCUACAACGCUUGUUCAAAGAAAAUUAGAAUUUCAAGUUCGGAAAUCCAAACCAAAUGCAAAGAAGGUCUCCUCCAAGAAAAAGGAUUCUGUAUCUUCAGUAACUCAAAGUCAUGCAUCAUUGGAGUCCAUACCUGGACAUUCAGAUAAAUCAGCUAACAAGGUUAUCCCACCUAUGAAUAAAUCCGAUAAAGUGAAAACGCCUAAGGUCUCUGAUGAGAAUUUAUAUUCUCCCCCAAAGCCCAAAAUAUCUCCAGUAAACCCUGCAAGACCCUGUUUAUCUCCAAUCAAAAGAAAUAUCUGGGGUGAUGAAACCCCACAUUCUAAGAUUCCUGCUAAAUCACCCAAAAUAGUGAGUGAAAACUAUUCUAAAACAAAGCAGUUAUUACACACGGCCCAUCCAGCAAAAGUGAUCUGUCGUGAGGAAGAACAAUCAAAAAUUAAUGCAUUUCUCUCUAAGCACAUUUCUUCAAGAACUGGCAGUAGUAUGUAUAUAUCAGGUGCUCCAGGAACAGGGAAGACCGUCGUUCUUACAGAAAUAAUAAAACAUUUAAAAGUUAAUAAUUCCUGCAAAGUUGUAUAUUUGAACUGCAUGAUUGUCCAAGAUGUUUGGGAUGUUUAUAGGAAAAUCUAUACUGAAAUGACUGGAGAGAUAUAUUCUAAAUCGACAUCAAAAUUACUGAAAUCUUUACAAAAAAUCAUAACAAGCAGUAAAAAAAGCAUUGUUCUUGUUUUGGAUGAGAUUGACCAAUUGGACAACAAACAUCAUGAAGUACUAUAUGAACUCUUUGGUUGGCCAGCCCUUUCAAACUCAUCGUUUGUUUUAAUAGGUGUAGCAAACUCCCUUGAUCUGACAGACCGUAUUUUACCCAGGCUGCAGGCACGAUUAGAUCUCAGACCCACUCUUAUGAAUUUUCCUCCAUAUACUAAGGAUCAAAUUGUUCAAGUUAUUGAAGGCCGGUUAAAAGUGUUGAAAUUAAAUUGUGGCUAUGUGUUUGAACCAAGUGCCAUACAGUUUUGUGCUCGUAAAGUAGCUUCUAUGGCCGGAGAUAUGAGGAAAGCUCUUGAUAUUUGCCGAAGAGGCAUUGAACAAAUGGAAACUGAGAUCCGAUUCCAACAAAUAUCGUCAUCAGGUUCCAAGACCCCCAAUGGCAAAACUGAAUGUUCUAAGAAAAUAACUAUAUCCCACAUUUCUAAAAUAAUGACUGAAGUCUAUGGAUUACCGAUUGUGAAUUCUACAGAAGAGAUGACUAGUGUUCCAAUUCAACAGAAAAUUGCUAUAUGUUCCAUUUUUCUAAUGGUGAAACAUGGUAAAGGUGCAAAAGAAGUGGAACUUGGAAACCUUCAUGAUGUUUUCAAAAAGGUGUGUCACCAAUGUAACGUCACUGCUGUUGGUCAGUCAGAAUUUGUAUGUAUUUCUAGUCUGUUAGAAUCACAAGGGAUCAUACAAACCAAAAAAGCCAAGGAUUUAAGGAAAACCAAAAUCUCCCUACGUUUGAGUGAGCAAGACUUACAAUGGUCAUUCAAAGAUAAAACGUUAUUAUCCAACAUAAUGGAACAAGGUUUACCAUAAAUACUACAAGAAUCCAUCAAUGUGUAAAAUAUGUAAUUAUAUUUGUAAAGCAUUUUGUUUUUUUAAAGAAAACAUGAAUGUUAUUUUAAUUUUGUUUUGUAACACUGAGAUUAUUUUAAUAUAUAAAUAAACUUAAUUUUA